AAAAAUUUGAGAGGGGAAAACAAAAAUGGCGGAAGAACAGGAGCUGUUACAGCUUGAACUGCUAUGUAAACAGCUUUAUGAGACAGCUGAUGCAAAUCUCCGCACAGAGGCAGAGAAGGCUCUAGUAUCCUUUGCCAAUGCUCCAGACUGUUUGAGCAAAUGUCAACUUCUUUUGGAGAGAGGAAAUUCCCCAUAUGCACAACUUCUUGCAGCAACAACUUUGACAAAACUGGUGUCCCGGCCCAAUGUUACCCUCCCUCUAGAACAAAGGAUUGAUAUUCGGAAUUAUGUUUUGGGGUAUCUGGCAUCACGUCCAAAGUUAGUGCACUAUGUUUUACAAGCCCUUGUACAGCUCUUUGCUCGUAUCACAAAGCUUGGGUGGUUUGACAUUCAAGACAAAGAUUAUGUUUUUCGUAAUGUCAUCACAGACGUGACCAAGUUCAUACAGAGUGGAUCUACUCAACAUGUGAUGAUAGGGGUCCAACUUCUAUCUCAACUGGUGUGUGAAAUGAACCAAGUCAGUGAGGCAGAUUCCAGCAGGUCCUUGACCAAACACAGAAAAAUUGCCUCGUCAUUCCGAGAUCUACAGCUGUUUGAAAUAUUCCAGUUAUCUUGUGAACUGUUACAGACAGCAGCUGGGAAUAUAAAGAGUAUGGACUUCUCUGACGAUUCGCAGCAUGGAUUGAUUUCACAUGCAUUACGCUUGGCUCACAACUGUUUGACCUUUGACUUUAUCGGCACCUCAACAGACGAGACAGCUGAUGACCUUUGUACAGUUCAAAUACCCACAGGCUGGAGAUCUGCUUUCUUGGAUGGGGCCACCAUGGAGUUAUUCUUCAGUCUGUAUUCCAAUCUUCCUCCAUCUCUUUCUUCAAUGGCCUUAUCAUGUCUUGUACAAAUUGCAUCCGUUAGACGGUCAUUGUUCAACAAUACAGAACGUGCCAAAUUUCUCAAUGAAUUGGUGAGGGGUGUCCGCACCAUUCUAGAGAGUCCACAGGGUUUAUCAGAUCCAAGCAACUAUCAUGAAUUUUGUCGACUGUUGGCGAGACUUAAGACAAAUUACCAAUUGGGAGAACUUGUCAAGGUGGAUAAUUAUCAAGAGCUGAUCAAGCGUAUUGCAGAGUUUACAGUCACAAGUCUCAGGCAAAUGUGGCAGUUUGCUCCCAACAGUGUUCACUAUCUGCUGAGUCUAUGGCAGAAGAUGGUGGCCUCUAUGCCAUAUGUAAAGGCCAACGAGCCACACUUACUAGAGACCUACACACCAGAAAUCUUCAAAGCUUACACCAUGUCUCGGCUCGAGUCAGUCACUGUGGUUAUCAAAGAUGGAUUAGAAGAUCCUUUAGAGGACCAGGGGAUGAUAACACAACAGCUUGAUCAGCUCUCCACCAUUGGGAGGUGUGAAUAUGAGAAGACUUGUGGUCUUCUUGUUCAAUUAUUUGAUGAGGCAGCACAGAGAUACCAAGAGGCUAUAUCCUCAGGAACCCAAGUAGAUAUCACCGUACAAGAAGGUCGUUUAUCUUGGUUAGUGUACAUAAUCGGAGCUGUGAUAGGUGGACGGAUUUCAUUUGCCAGUACUGAUGAACAUGAUGCAAUGGAUGGGGAGCUAGCUUGUAGGGUACUACAGUUAAUGAAUUUAGUGGACUCCAGGAUAUCUCAGUGCGCAUGUGAAAAAUUAGACCUUGCCAUCUUAAGUUUUUUUGAACAAUUUAGAAAAAUAUAUGUCGGGGACCAAGUUCCUAAAAUGUCUAAGGUUUAUCGUCGUUUAUCAGAGGUGUUAGGAUUAAAUGAUGAAUCUAUGGUACUAAGUGUUUUUAUUGGUAAAAUAAUUACAAACCUAAAGUAUUGGGCCAGAAGUGAACAAAUAACCUGGAAGACUUUACAGUUGUUGAAUGAUUUGUCUGUAGGGUACAGUUCUGUCCGAAAACUGGUCAAGUUAGACGCUGUACAGUUUGUGUUAAGUAAUCAUACAAAUGAGCAUUUUCCAUUCCUUGGUUUGAACAUGAACAAUCGUUCCUUUGCUGAUAUGCGAUGUCGGACCACGUUUUACACAGCGUUAGCUCGACUCUUAAUGGUGGAUCUCCGCGAGGAUGAUGAGGACAAGUUUGAAGAAUUUAUGAUUCCUUUAACAUCUGCCUUUGAGUCCGUGGGAACAAUGUUGACAAAUAUGGACACACCUCAAAAGGAAGAUGAAGCAAAGAGAGCUGUCGUUGGAUUAGCCAGAGACUUGAGGGGAGUGGCUUUUGCUUUUAAUACAAAGACCAGUUAUAUGAUGUUCUUUGAUUGGAUAUACCCCUCCUAUACCCCCAUCCUACACCGAGCCAUAGAGGUGUGGUACCAUGACCCAGCUGUCACCACCCCAGUGCUUAAACUGAUGGCAGAGCUAGCCCAGAGUCGCUCCCAGAGGCUGCUGUUUGAUGUCUCCUCUCCAAAUGGGUACCUCCUUUUUAGGGAGGUCAGCAAAAUGAUUGACAGCUAUGGGUCAAGAUUAUUAACACUAGGAGAAGUUCCUAAAGAUCAGGUGUACACAAUGAAAUUAAAAGGUAUAUCAGUGUGUUUCUCUAUGCUGAAGGCAGCACUCUGUGGUAACUAUGUCAACUUUGGUGUUUUCCGUCUCUAUGGUGAUAACGCCCUCGACAAAGCCUUUGGCAUGUUUGUGAAGUUACUACUGUCAGUCACACAGAGGGAUCUAAUGGACUACCCUAAACUGAGUCAGAAUUAUUAUGGACUUCUAGAGUGUCUGGCCAAUGAUCAUAUGGCAUUUAUCAGCAGUUUAGAACCACAAGUCUUUCUCUACAUCCUGGCCACGAUAUCUGAGGGCCUAACAGCAUUAGAUACAAUGGUGUGUACUGGGUGCUGUGCUACACUGGAUACUGUCAUCACUUACUUGUUUAAGAACCUCACAAUCAAAAAGAAGAAACGAAAUCACAUGCAGCAAAACGAGGCUUUUCUCCGAAUCCUAGAACUUCAUCCUGAAAUCCUUCAACAGAUGCUGUCCACUGUACUUAACAUUAUCAUGUUUGAAGAUUGUCGAAAUCAGUGGUCAAUGUCACGGCCUUUGUUAGGUCUGAUUUUGCUCAACGAAGAGUAUUUCAACAAGUUGAGGGACAGCAUAAUUGCUAGUCAACCUCCAGAUAAACAACAGACAAUGAUGCAGUGUUUUGAAAAUCUGAUGAGUGGAAUUGAAAGGUCAUUGCACACAAAGAAUAGAGAUAAAUUUACACAGAAUCUAUCCCUGUUCAGAAGAGAUGUGAAUGAUUCCUUGAAAGCUCCCAAUGGACAGAGUCCCACAAACUCAACACAUUUUCUGGAUAUGAUGAGCUAGUACAGGGACAUCACUCUGUAAUCAUGUGACAGAGUGAGCCAAUCAUAUGUGUUCACAUUGACAUUCCUGAUCAUGUGUAAAAUGUGAUGAGAUUGGUGAAUAGAUUAAUAAUGUAAAAAGCAAUGUGACUGGUUGAUAUACUUAAGCUUUCUUGUCUGGUGAUGAAAAAGGUGCAUGUUAGUGCUAUUUAAUACAAUAUCAUUUCUGAAAUGAGGAACUUGGAUGAACUAAUUUGUUGUGAAUGGAUGUGGUAUACUUUAUGGGUGACAUCAUCUGCUAUUGGUGUAACUAAGUGCUACUGUGUAGGGGGUGUACCAAUAGUGCUUUGUGUUUAUUGUUAUGGGUUUUUAUUUGAUGUUAUAGUGCCAAAUAUUUGGUACUAAUGCACCAUAUGGUGUGGAAUAAAAUUCAAACUGAAUUUA